AUGAACAAGCCCCGUCAUCAUGCUCCCUACGCUGCAGACUGGUCAUAUGCUAGGUGUCUUGUUAAGUGUUUAAAAAUCUUCUUUGAUGUUACUGUUAAGUUCUCGGCUUCAGUUCAAGUUACUUCACAUGAAUUUCUAUGGCAGUUGGCAUUGAUCCAUGAACAGUUGGUUCGUCUUAGAGCUAUAGGAAACCGAGAUCCUCAUAUUUCUAUGAUGGCAGAAAUAAUGUUUCGGAAGUAUAACGCAUAUUGGGGGGAUUAUGAAGCUAUGAACUCUGUUAUGUAUUUUGCUAAGUUGCUUGAUCCUCGGGAGAAAGAAUAUGGUUUGAAAUUUGAUCUGGAAUGUUUGUAUGAGCAAGAUGAUUUCAGGGUUACAACUGUUUUGAAGGCUGUGAAACAAGAUAUGGGAAGACUUUAUGAUGAGUACACCAGCAUGUAUUCAAAUGCCAAUGCAGAGGAAGGUACUGGGUCAACAGCUGCUGCUGGUGUUGAUGACAUGGUUGUUUCUGUGCAAGAAGAGAACAUUGAGGAUAUGCUUGAAUCAAGGAAGAAAAGGCGAAGAAUGAAUGUUCAUAGUACUCAUUCAAAGUCAGAACUUGAAAGGUAUUUGCUUGAUGACUGUGAAGCGUCUACCAGGGAGUUUGAUAUUCUGGCAUGGUGGCAGGCUAAUAGUACCAAGUACAAGGUGCUAUCACUUAUGGCGAAGGAUAUUUUGGCAAUACCAGUGUCUUCUGUUGCAUCAGAAUCUGCAUUCAGUACCGGAAAGCGCAUUCUUACCCCAUGGAGAAGCUCGCUAUCUGCCAGGACAGUUGAAGCACUUCUCUACAUUUUGGGAAAGGAUGAAGAUUAA